UUUGCCUUCCAGCUCAGGCCGCAGGAUGACAGACGGUGACACGAAUCUGCCAACCAUCGAGAGGAAGCUGGGACUGCAGAUAUGGGGCAUAGAGAACAUGAAGAUGGUUCCUGUCCCUGAAAAGGCUUACGGGACCUUUUUUGAAGGAGACUGUUACAUCAUUCUGCAUAGCAAAAGAACCUCUCGUGGCACCGCUGUGGAUUUGCAUUACUGGAUUGGGAAGGACUCCUCCCAGGAUGAGCAGGGGGCCGCAGCCCUGUACGUCACCCAGCUGGACAGCGCACUCGGGGGGAACCCUGUGCAGCACCGGGAGGUCCAGGGACACGAGUCCGAGACCUUCCAGAGCUAUUUCCGCAACGGCAUCAUCUACAAGAAGGGAGGAGUGGCUUCAGGAUUUAAGCAUGUGGAGACCAACAUGUACAACAUCAAGCGCCUUCUCCACGUCAAGGGGAAGAAGCACGUGUCAGCUACAGAGGUCGCGCUUUCCUGGGACAGUUUCAAUAAGGGCGAUGUUUUCUUGCUGGACCUUGGGAAAGUGCUGAUUCAGUGGAAUGGACCCAGCUGCAGCAUUGCUGAGAAAUCCAGGGGCCUGGCGCUGGCUCGCAGCAUCAGGGACAGCGAGAGGGGCGGCCGUGCUCAGAUUGGCAUCAUUGACAACGAGAAGGACUCCCCAGACCUGAUGCAGAUCAUGAGGAUGGUGCUGGGAGAGAGGCGUGGGGAGCUCCGAGAUGCCAUCCCGGACACGAAGGCGGAUGAGCUGCAGAAAGCGAACGUCCGGCUCUACCAUGUCUAUGAGAAGGACAACGACCUGGUGGUACAGGAGAUCGCCACCCGGCCCCUGACACAGGAUCUGCUCCAGCACGAGGACUGCUACAUUUUAGACCAAGGUGGUUUCAAAAUUUACGUCUGGAGAGGAAAAGCCUCCAGCCCAGAAGAGAAAAAAGCAGCCUUCACCCGAGCUGUGGGUUUUAUCCAAGCCAAGGGCUACCCUUCAUCCACCAACGUGGAAGUGAUCAAUGACGGGGCAGAGUCAGCCAUGUUCAAACAGCUCUUCCAGAGGUGGACGGAAAAGAACGAAACACAGGGUCUGGGAAAAGUCUACACUACUGGAAAAAUUGCCAAGGUGGAGCAGGUGAAGUUUGACACCACUCAGCUCCACGCCAGGCCAGAGCUGGCUGCUGAGCAGAGGAUGGUCGAUGAUGCCUCCGGGGAGAUCGAGGUGUGGAGGAUUGAGGACUUGCAGAUGCAGCCAGUGAACCCCAAGACGUACGGGCAGUUCUACGGGGGCGAUUGCUACCUGGUCCUGUACACCUACCUGAGAUCAGGCAGGCCCCACUACGUCCUCUACAUGUGGCAGGGCCGCCACGCCUCCGUGGAUGAAAUCACUGCCUGUGCCCUCAAUGCCAUCGAGCUGGACAAGAAAUACGGGGACGAGGCCGUGCAGGUGCGGGUGACGAUGGGCAAGGAGCCCAGGCACUUCCUGGCCAUCUUCAAGGGCAGGCUGGUCAUCUACGAGGGUGGCACCAGCCGGGCUCAGAAAAGCGCUCCCGAGCCAGCGAUCCGCCUCUUCCAGGUGAGGGGCACGGAUGAGGUGAACACAAAGGCCACGGAGGUGCCAGCCAGAGCCUCCUCCCUCAACUCCAACGAUGUCUUCCUGCUGACCACCAGCCAAGUCUGCUACCUGUGGUGUGGGAAGGGAUGCAGCGGAGAUGAGCGGGAGAUGGCAAAGAUGGUAGCUGACAUCGUCUCUAGACGGGACAAGCACACCAUUUUGGAAGGACAAGAGCCAGCAGAGUUCUGGGAAGCUCUGGGAGGCAAAGCACCUUAUGCCAGUGAAAAGAGGUUCCAAGAGCAGGUCAUGCACUACCAGCCUCGCCUCUUCGAGUGCUCCAACCAGACGGGCCGGUUCAUCAUGACGGAGGUGGUGGGCUUCUGCCAGGAGGACCUGGAUGAGGAUGAUGUCAUGCUGCUGGACACGUGGGAAGAGAUUUUCCUUUGGGUGGGCAAAGCCUCCAACGAAUACGAGAGGAACGAGGCCAUUGCCUCGGCUAAGGAGUAUCUCAAGACCCAUCCGGCAGGGAGAGACUUGGCAACCCCGAUAAUCCUGGUGAAGCAGGGCUGUGAACCCCUCAACUUCACAGGGUGGUUCAACGCUUGGGACCCCUACAAAUGGAGCGAUGGCAAGUCCUAUGAGGAGAUGAAGAACAGCCUGGGAGACGUGUCGGCUCUAUCCGAGAUCAAAGUGGACCUUAACAACAUCAGCCUGAACAAGAGGACCCUCAGCGUGACCAGCUUGGCCGGUUCGAGCAACCCAAAUGCUUCCUCGGAGUAUAAAUCCCACCUCAACCACAGGGACAGCAACAGCUACAGCAACAGCAGCAACUACAGCAGCAACAGCAGCCCUUCCCCCAUGCCCAAUGGUGAAGGGGUUUACUCCCGAGAGGUGCUGAUGAACAGGACGGUGGAUGAACUUCCAGAGGGCGUGGAUCCCACCAGAAAAGAGUUCUAUCUCUCCGAUGCCGAUUUCCACGACAUCUUUGGGAAGUCCAAGGAGGAGUUCUACCAGAUGCCCAAAUGGAAGCAGCAGAACGAGAAGAAACAGUGUGGACUCUUCUGAGACCGCAGGGGCCAUCCAGCAUCCAGUGACUCUGCGACCAACCCUCGCCCUCUUAGGAGCUGCAGGGAAAAAGUGCAGGCAUUUGCUCAACGAACCCAACCCAACAUCCCAAGCAGGCCCAGCUCCAACGCAGUUAUUCCAGCAGCCACUGUUCAGGGGAUGGCUCCUUUCUGCAACCCCAGAAUGCCAGGAGGCAAAACCUUACGCAGGAACAACUUGGCAGGAGAUGUUUCUGCCUCUUCCCGACACUUUAUUGCUGAUAGCCACGAAGACAAGUGUGUGCCACACAACCCUAUUGUAGCCUCUUCUUUCGUCUCCCUUUUGCAAAUUG